GGGACGAACGAUGCGCCUGCGCUGCGGCUGGCGAGCGUCGGCUUCGUGAUGCGAAGUGGGACGGAUAUUGCCGUGAAGUCGUCGGACAUUGUGCUGCUGGACGACAACUUUCGUUCCGUGCAGCGUGCUGUCGUGUGGGGACGGACGGUCAACGACAACAUUCGCAAGUUUCUGCAGCUGCAGUUGACGGUGAAUUUUUCGAGCGUUGUGCUGACGUUUUUUGGGUCGUUUUUGUCCUCCACGCACACCUCCCCGCUGAGCACUGUGCAGCUGCUGUGGGUGAACCUGAUAAUGGACACGCUGGCGGCGCUCGCACUCGCGACGGAGGAGCCGUCAGAGGCAUGCCUGGGCCGUGGCCCUGUUCUUCGCAGAGCGCCGCUCGUGUCACGCCGCAUGUGGUGUACCAUCUGUACCAUCGCCGGCUACCAAACACUUAUCACUUUGCUGAUGGAGCGUUUUGGCGCGUCAUGGUUUGAUGUUGCAGGAGCAGAGGGCAGUCGUGCCCACGGCACACUUGUGUUUAACGUUUUUUUGCUUUCGGUUAUUUUCCAUAUGUUCAAUGCCCGGAAGCUAUAUGAAGAGUUGAAUUGUUUUGAGGGGUUGUGGGAGCGCUCUAAAACGUUUGUAGUUAUUGUUGUUGGUUGUUUUCUAUUCCAGGUGUUCGCAGUGGAGAUGCUUGGAAGCCUUAUACAGGUUGUCCCGCUGCGGGGGUAUCAGUGGUUUGGGUGCGUGGCCUUGUCGCUUUUAACUCUUGUGUUUGGGGUGGUCUCACGCCUUGUGCCACUGGAGGAGCCGCAGCUGCCAGAGGUGGAGGCGGAGAUAAAGGACAUGGAUCCUGAGGCACGGCGUGUGGCGAUGAAACUGACAACCGACGUGGAGGUGCAUGCGACGCGGCAAGGCGCUGGCCUUGAUCUGCAGUUUGGGCGGCGCUUGUUGGCACAAGCCAUGUGGCAGCAGGUGCGGGAGCACCACCUUACAGUGAAGAGCGUGAAUGCCUUCCGCCGGGCCCGCGUGGAUCGCGACAUGCACACGAGCGUUUCUAAAGACAUUUACGGCCGUCUGGCCGCCGCCAUGUAG